UACAACAAGUUUAUGAAGUUUCAAAGAAGUUAUUAGAGCGUCAAACUUGCUUUAAUAAAAACACUUUUCAAGCAGAAGCCCUUCUUGCUAAACGGGGCUUUGAUACAAAUGGUUUUUCUCAGAGUAUAAAAGAAUUUAAUGAGCCGAGGAAACCUUUAAAAGUUAUCGCGUUACAAGGUUACUUGCAAUUUAAAAAGGAGGAGGCUAUGAGGCAAACUUCCGAUAAAUCUGAUUAUCUAAGUCGUAAUUAUGUGCAAACUCUUUCACAAGAAUUACUUGACCGUUAUUAUUCUAAAGAAUUUGCUCGACUCUCUUGUAAAACUGAAAGUUUAGUUUGUCAAGAGCUCUUAGGCUUUCCUUUUCGUAAUCAGUUAGCAGUAGACCCCCAGCUAGUUACCGAUUUCAUGCGCAAGUAUGGUAAGGGAGUUGUUGAGCUGAAUCGUUACUCCUUAGCUGCUGGCUACAGCCGUGCUUUUGAUGCUUUGGAUUACCAACAAGUUAUUGAAGGCUUUGUAGAAGUGAAAAAGAAAUUAUAUUUGAAUUCCAAGUCAAGUGAAGAUCGUCAUAUGCUCAGUUGCUUAAACCUUGUACGGUUUAUUACAUUGCACCAUAAUGACUUUGAGGGAAGACUAUUAUAUCUAGAAAAACAAUUUUUUUGUUUUCUCGCGAACUGCAAUCAAUCUUUAAAUGAAAAUAAAGAAGAAAAUAUUGACCGCUAUCUUUUUUCUUUAGGACUCAGCGAGACUGAUGGACAGUUUGCAUAUGCCAAGUAUUUUUAUCUUCUCCGGUCGGGCUGUUACCGGGAUCCUCAGUGCGACGGGAGUCUAGACGAACUCAGACGGAGAUUUCCUCGCAAUCUUACCAAGCCGUGGCACCGGAAACAAUGGGACGGCUACCAGCGUGUAGUGGCGAAUAUAAUCGGAAACAACUCGGCUUUCGCUGAGUAUCCUUAUGAAAUCUUCAAAACCGUUGAAGAUGUUCUGUGGCUGAGACUUUAUCUUUUCCGCACUGGUAUCGUUGAUACGAGGCGGCUGUGUUUACCCUUUAAUGAGGUGAAGCGUAUGUUGACUGAGAAUUCUUUUUCAUCUGUGAAGGAGCUUUUCCGCCUGUAG